CCUACAUGUGGGUGAGUGGGGGUUGCCCGUGGUCGUCAGAUCUUUCUUCGCAUGAUAGCCUCAUCGAAAUUCUCAUUGUAUCUUGAUCGUAUUGAGUCACAGUCGUCUUAUAGAUACACACACUCCACUUCUGAGCGCGUGUACUCACACGGUGUGUUUCUGCAAGGUCCAAAAUCCCACGGUCUGAUACCGCCUCCUAUCGUCGCCCUCUCAGCAUUGCCCUCGCUAAGCGACAAAUCCAAUGCUUCGGAGAACUGAUUGAACCAUUCAUAUUCCGUGGGCAAACAGCCUCGCAUCGCGCCAACUCGUGCUUGCAACCUCUGAAAUCGUUCUCCCCCUCCCUCCAGAACCUUGUCUGCCGGUCCAGAAUGCUCCUGCGUCGGCCUCAUCCGACCAGACCACAUGUCGCAAUAACAAUCGAUACGUGAAACAACUGUUCCUCUACCGCGUUUAGUGAUGGAAGAGGAUAUCAAAGCAGAGCAAGCUCAUCAACCGAGUCCCCUGAGGGAUAUCUCUGAACACCCAGACACCUCAGCGCAAUCCUCGGCCAAAGGGAAAAACAAGAGCAAGGAUAAGGAUUCUGGGGGUGCCGCCACGAAAAGGCGAUGCGUGAGCACGGCUUGCAUUGCGUGCCGAAAGAGGAAGAGCAAAUGCGACGGUAACUUGCCCAAAUGCGCUGCUUGUGCAUCAGUCUACUUGACUGAAUGUGAAUAUGCCCCGCACACCGAUCACCGGCGCAAAGGAGUAUACAAAAAGGAUGUGGACGCUACCAAGACCAAGAACUCUACCCUCCAGAUUCUCAUACAAGCUAUUCUCAACGCCGACGAGGAGGAUGUGAUGGAUUUGGUUCGCCAGAUACGGACGUGCGACAACCUAGAAGAGCUUGCGGCAACGAUAGAUGCGCAAGAGAAAGGCCUCAUAGAGGCUCCGGACGACUCCUCGAUGUAUGAGGGUGAACUUGGCGUCCCUAAAUUCGAAGCCGAGCUCUCUGGGAAAAUGGGCGACUUGAUGCUGGAUGGGUCGGUCAAAUUCAUUGGAGGUACAUCAAAUUUGAUCUGGCUACCUGAGGAAUAUGAACACCGAGGUCCACAAAGCUCUCCAGCAUACCAGCGGGCCGUGGUACGGCCUCACGAAGAGGCUGUUCUCUCGUGGACUACUGUCACCCAGGACAAAGAAGCCAUCCUCCACUUUAUGAACAUGUACUUUUGCUGGCACUAUGCCUUUUUCACGACCCUGGCCAAGGAACUAUUCUAUCGAGAUUUCCUAACUGGAACAUCCUCACAGUACUGCUCUCAUCUCCUUGUCAACGUCAUGCUGGCGCUUGGGUGCCACUUCUCAUCGCGACCUACAGCAAGAGCAGAUCCAGCGGAUUCCGGAACCACUGGUGACCACUUCUUUGCAGAGGCCAAAAGGCUUCUUUAUGAAAAUGACGAGUUCGCCAAUGCGAAACUAUGUACGGUCCAGGCUCUGGCUCUGAUGUCCGUAAGAGAAGCCGGAUGCGGCCAUGAAAGCAAGGGCUGGGUAUACAGCGGCAUGAGUUUCCGAAUGGCUUGUGAUCUCGGACUGAAUGUGGAUACGGUGCCGAUUAAUGAAAUGUCGCGUUUGACGGAUGAGGAUAUUGAUGCAAGACGAAUCACGUUCUGGGGCUGUUUCCUCUUUGACAAGUGCUGGUCCAACUACCUGGGACGGCAACCUCAGCUUCAAAUGCCCAACAUCACCGUGAAGAAGCCCGACGUGUUUCCAUCAGAAGAAAGUGAAAUGUGGUCGCCAUACACGGACUCGGGCAUCAUUCAGGCGCACGCGCAACCAGCGCGCACCAGAGCUGUUGCGUUGCAACUGUCUAGGUUGGCAGAAAUAUCCAGUGAUCUCUUGACAUCAUUUUAUAACCCGCAGCUACUGGACAAACCUCCCCCAAGGCAAACAGAACUCAAGCGGCUGAGUGAUCUACAUACUAGGCUUGAAGCAUGGAAGAAAGGCCUACCAGUCGAACUGGAACCCAAAGAAGGGCAACUUCCACAGGCUCUGCUGAUGCAUAUGUUCUACCAACUCCUGUAUAUCCAUCUGUAUCGACCGUUCCUGAAGUACACUCGAACGACCUCACCACUUCCAGCACACGUAUCUCCAAGGAAGUAUUGUACUCAGGGAGCCGCAGCCAUCUCUAAACUCUUCCGACUCUACAAGCGGACACACGGCCUGAGGCAAAUAUGCAACAUCGCAAUCUAUAUUGUACAUUCAGCUUGCACGAUUCAUCUGUUGAAUCUGCCAGACAAGAACGCUCGGAGAGAUAUUAUUCACGGUGUCAAGCAUCUCGAGGAAAUGGGAGAAUGUUGGACAGCUGCCCGACGGACGCUCAGAGUCCUGCAUCUAUGCGCCGACAAGUGGAGCAUUGAAAUGCCCGAGGAAGCCGAAAUGGUUUAUACGAGGCUUAGAGCUAAGUGGGGGCUCGCAGCGAGUGCGCCUUCACCGGUGUCGCCCGAGUCUCUAGCAAACAUGGCUCAGCAAAUCGCAUCUCAGCCAGUGCCUGACUUGAUGGCGAGGAACAUUCAACAGCAACAACAGUCGCAAGCUCUGCGUCAACAGUCAAUGUCUCAGUAUGCAGGCGGGCUCUCCGCGGCCAUGGCUGCCUCGCCGGCAGAAACAAUUGAUUCUCGACGAACAUCAGGAGGGCUGUCCAUGCCUCCACAGUCCGCAUCCGACCUUUCUCGAGACUCUCACCGUGUGCGCCCAUCGACUUACCUCACGAAGGCGCAACAGGACGCGUGGAACGCACACCAAGCACGAAUCGCAGCCAAUGUGGCUGCGACGUCCUCGAACAGGGCGGGCGCUUCUGGCGAGCAAAAUGCUGCUAGAUUGUUUGGUGGGGUGGAAAGUCUGAUUGAAGAAAAUCAAGACUGGUUCUUCAAGGAUCAGAAUCAAUUGGCGAUGGGCUUCGAAAAUUGGGGAUCCGAGCCGCCAGAUUGGGGAACCCUAGAUCUGAGUUUCUUUGACACACCAGAAACGGGAUCCAGUGCAAAUGGCAAUACGAAUGGCAACUCACCGUCAUACAACGGCCUGCAGUACUCGUAUGAGUCAGUGGGAGGAGCAGCCAACACAGGCGUCAUGGGGACCAAGAGCGGAUACGGAUAUGAAUUCAGCGGAGAUAUGUACCCCACAACAACCAACGCGGAUGUUAAUGGUUUGACCACGAACGGAACGAAUGGAAUGAACAAUUUAAUGGGACCAGGUACGGGCUUGAGGUUAGGAAUGAAUAUGGGUACGAGCGGAAACGGCUCAAUGGGGACCGGCAUGAGAAAUGUGGGUAUGGGCGGGCCUGGCGCUUCUAAGCGCUCUUCUCAAAAUCUGGGAUUUGAUGACGAGGUAUAUUAUUGAUGUACGGCUUUGGUUAUACGAGGUUAUGAGAUGCAAGUCCCAAUAUGGUAGGAUUUGAAGAUAUGGGUAGUUUUGCGAUCUGGCGGCAAAGAUACCAAGUGCUGUGGAUGUAUAGAAAAUCUCUUUGCUCUGGUCUCGAGGAAAACAUACGCUCGGUUUUCUAUAGAAUGAUCCAGGGAACGUCAAGAGCUGCAUCAAGGACGAGAUAUGUGGAACUUGCUGAUUGACAGUAACAUGUUAUCCCUCAGCAG